UCUGAUUCAGGAUCUUUUUUGUCUUGUGGUUCUUACAACUAAACAACAACCCAUGUUGUCUUGCAGCUAGUACUCAGUUCUGGCUGUAGAUUGGUGGAGAAAGUUAGUCUGUUGGUGGCUUUCAUUCCACUGUUCCCUGCAGAUAGCUGUGUGGUUUAUGGAUUCAACAUUGCUGUAAAGAGAGGAGAGCCAGCCUGUGUACCUGUGUAUGUCUGGGUGUGGGUGUGUCUGUCUGUCUGGGGUGUGUGUCUCUGUAAGUAAGUGUGUACUAGUCCACAGAGAGUGUGUGAAGUGUGAGUGUGAGGUGCCAUGGUGAGAUGCGCAGGCUGGCCGGCGGCGCGGCGCUGGCUCACCCUCAGCACAGGUCUGGUGGAGUGCCUGUGUUUCGCCGGGGCCGUCUUUGGAUGGGCUUCACUCGCUUUCGUCCUCAAGACAGACGGCUACUUCAGCUCACUGUGCGUCAACGCUACAGUCAACGGAACGCAGGUCCUAGACUGCAGUGUACAGGAUGAGCAGUUCUCACUGGUCUUCACCAUUGCUUCCUUCAUGAACAACUUCUUGACGCUUCCUAACGGCUUCCUUUAUGACCGAUUUGGCACCACUGUGGCACGACUGUUUGGAAUAUCUCUCUACAGCAUGGGCACCUUGUUAGUGGCCUUCUCAAGCUCAGCUCUGUCCAUCCUCCUCUUCCCUGCUCUCUCCUUCAUGGCCGUGGGUGGCAUUUUGUUCCUGGUCACCAACAUGCAGGUAGGAAACCUUUUCGGCUCCCAUCGCUCCACCAUUAUCACACUAUACAACGGAGCCUUCGACUCUUCCUCGGCACUCUUCUUCGUCAUUAAGUUGGUAUUUGAGUUGGGGGUCUCGCUGCGUGCCUCCUUCCUCUUUCUGUCUGCCUGUGGCGUCAUUCACCUGCUCAGGACCUUCUUCCUUCUGCCCAAAACCAAAAUCCCUUACCCUGUGCCAGAGGGCUACACAUAUGGGAUGACCUGUGGUAAAUCGGACACGUUUACUCUUGAGCAGACAGCGCCUGAUGAAAACAUACAGAGGGACACGGACAAAGAGGAAAAGAAGCUCGCCAAGGUGGGCCUGCCACUGGAAGAGAAAAGUUUCCGCGAGUGUGUCCUGUCCAGGCUCUUCCUCUGGCACCUGCUGUGGUUGUCUGUUAUGCAGCUCAGACACUACUUGUUCAUCGGUACUCUCAACCCUAUGCUACAGAGGCUGACGCAGGGCGAGCCUUCACUGGUGAGCCAGUACACCAACGCAUUUGCCAUGACCCAGCUGUGUGGGGUGCUGUGUGCUCCGUGGAACGGCCUCAUCAUGGACAGACACAAGGGAAAGCCCCGUGCUGCAGGAGAGAGCGAGCGAGAGGCGGACUUGCGGGCCACGGUGCUGUCGUUGUUCCUAACUGCGCUACAGUGCGUGCUGUUCUCAGUGUGUGCCUCCACCCCCCUCCUCCCUCUUCAGUACCUCACCUUCAUCCUGCAGGUGCUCAACCGCUCCUUCCUCUACGGCGGCAACGCGGCCUUCAUCAGCGUGGCUUUCCCUUUGUGUCACUUUGGGAAGCUGUAUGGCCUCAUAAUGGCUCUGUCUGCAGUGUUCUCCCUGCUGCAGUACCCCUGCUUUGCCCUGGUCAAAGGAGUUCUGGGAGGAGACCCGCUAUAUGUGAACAUAUCCCUGACAGUCCUCAGCAUGCUCGCCUUCAUCCAUCCCUUCUCUAUCCACAUGCACUGUCGAGGCCUGGCCGCCGACAGAGCCAAGAACAGGGACGCCGUUGGUGUCUACUGAUGGGAGUCGAACCCUGUAAAUGAAACCUCUGACAUGCUUAAUUCCAUUCAUUUAAUUAAUAUCGACAAGCAGUGUGAUGUCUUUUGUUGUCCGACAUGUCCUUAGUGGAAAAUGAACCAGAAUUAAAUGUUUGUUAAUACAUUUUUGA